CUUGAUGUAUUUUAUGCUCGAUUCCGACUUUAGGAAACGGCCAAGAAGAUUGUCACUGUUAAUAAAGUCAUUGUCCUUCGUCAACCAGUUUUCCAAAAAAUGGCGUCUACUUUGAUCUUGCUGGCCUGUUUGGCUGUUGCCACGUUGGCAGUUCCUGCGAGACACGAGCAUGGGAACGCUGAACUGUCAAAGGCUAAUGCAGGUUUCUCACAACGCCUGUACCAGAAAAUUGCAGUGGGCAAAUCGGAGGCUGUGUAUUCACCUUACAGCUCAACUCAGCCAAGGACGUUCAGCUCUACACAGGCAAUGGCAUCUUCACCAACCCAAGCUUCAACAUUGUCCCUAGUUUCGUCACUGACGUCCAGAACAAAUAUUUCGCCAAGGCCGAAGCUUUUGACAUGAAUGCUGCCGGUGGUCCUGAGAAGCCGAUUAACGAUUUCAUUGAGAGAAAUACCCACGACAUGAUUAAAAAUGUGGUCAAAUCCAACUCCAUCACCUCCGACACAGUGAUGUUGUUGGUCAACACACUCUUCUUCAAAGGAAACUGGGCCGAAAACUUCGAUGUGUACAAGACGCAGAAGAAACCGUUCCAUCAGUUGGGGGGAGCCAGAUCACAGGUUGACAUGAUGAAGGAUGAACGUCACGUAAACUUCAAGAGUGACAACUCCCUCAAAGCCGACAUGGUGAGGAUUCCCUUCAAAGGAGGCCGUUUCUCCCUGUACGUCGUGCUGCCGCAGAGUGUGGAUGGGAUCACUGCACUGGAGACAUCCUUGACCUCUGGAGAUGCUAUCAACAAACUCUUCGACGGCCUCGAGCCAAAGUACGCGAGCUUGGAGAUUCCAAAAUUCAGGAUCGAAUCCUCAUUCCAGUUGAAGGAUCAACUGAAAGCACUUGGCAUGGUCAAGGCUUUUGACGCAAAGGCCGCUAACUUCAGUGGAAUAACACCAGCCAAAGAGACAUACAUCAGCUCAGUCAUCCACCAAGCCAUGAUCGAAGUGAAAGAGACUGGAACCACGGCCGCUGCCACCACCGCCGUCUCCAUUGAGGCCACCAGUCUCUUGGUGCCGCCCCCGGACAUGGUCUACUUCCGGGCUGACCACCCCUUCCUGUUCUUCCUCCGGGACGACCAGACCAAACAGAUCCUCUUCCAGGGAAAAUUUUCCGGCUAGAGCACAGCCUGGGAGAGCUCCGAUUAGCGACCGAAAGAGAAUGAUGAUAAUAAUAUAGAGAAAUAAAGAAUACGUUAAAACGGCAACAA